AUGGCUACCGCAACGACAGAAAAGAAAAAGCCGACUGCUCUGCGGUCCAUUAUCGCCGGCGCAACCGCAGGAGCUGUGGAAAUAUCCAUCACAUAUCCCGCUGAGUUCGCAAAGACAAGAUCGCAGCUCAACAAGAGAUUAGCCGAUGGAAAGAAGCUGCCAUGGCCGCCGUUUGGCAAGCAGUGGUAUGCUGGAUGCACUACGCUCAUAAUUGGAAACUCACUUAAGGCUGGCAUCAGAUUCGUCGCAUUCGACAUGUACAAGGACAUGCUAGCAGACGCAGAAGGCAAAAUCUCGGGCCCAGCAACAGUCAUAGCAGGAUUCGGUGCUGGAGCUACCGAAUCACUAUUGGCAGUGACACCAUUUGAGAGUAUAAAGACACAAAUAAUCGACGAUCGCAAAGCUGCAAAUCCACGCAUGAGAGGUUUCCUUCACGGCACGAAAAUCAUCGCACAGGAAAAGGGUAUACGGGGCUUCUUCCAGGGAUUUGUCCCAACAACAGCACGACAGGCCGCCAACUCAGCAGUCCGGUUCUCGAGUUACACGUCACUCAAACAACUAGCACAGUCAUAUGUCACACCAGGCGAGAAGCUUGGAGCCAUGAGCACGUUUGGUCUUGGAGGUCUUGCUGGCAUUAUAACCGUCUACACGACCAUGCCCAUCGACACAGUCAAGACACGGAUGCAGUCAAUAGAAGCAAGAAGCUUGUACAAGAACAGUUUGGACUGUGUGGUCAAAAUUUUCAAAGAGGAGGGUGUUCUUACCUUCUGGUCUGGUGCUGUGCCGCGACUGGGCCGACUUAUACUUAGCGGUGGUAUCGUCUUCACCAUGUACGAGAAGUCGAUGGAAUUCAUGGACAAGCUCGAUCCCCAGGGAAGAUACAUUUGA